AUGUAUUUUAUAUCAGUUUUUUAUUAUUUCUUAUUUAUUUGUAAUUUUUAUUUAACCGAAUCAUCAAUUCAACCAGAAGUUAGAAUAGAACAAGGUAUCGUAAGAGGAUUUUAUAGAAAAAUUAUUAAUAAUCGUGAAAUAGUUGCUUUUAAAGGGAUUCCGUAUGCGAAGCCACCAGAAGGAAAGCAUAGAUUCAAGGAAUCAAUUCCAGCAAGUCCUUGGAUAGGUGUAUAUAAUGCCACAAGGGCGCCGCCUGCCUGUCUUCAACUUGAUCUAUUUCUUACAAAAACAUUGCAUGGGUCAGAAGAUUGUCUCUAUAUCAAUGUGUAUACGCCAAAGCUGCCAGAUGGAAAGACAACAAACCCAGAGCUCCUAGAUGUAUUAGUUUAUAUUCAUGGAGGAGCUUUUGUUUCUGGGAGUUCUGAACAUCAUGGACCCUCCUUACUUCUUCAAAAGGAUGUUGUUUUUGUAACUUUCAACUACAGAGUUGGUCCUUUAGGUUUCCUUAGCACAGAGGAUAGUGUAGUUCCAGGAAACAAUGGUUUGAAAGAUCAGGUUUUAGCUUUAAAAUGGAUACAAAAGAAUAUAGCAGCAUUUGGUGGCAAUCCAAACAGUGUGACGAUUGGUGGUGUGUCAGCAGGUGGAGCAAGUUGUCAUUAUCACCUACUUUCUCCACUUAGUAAAGGUCUAUUCCACAGAGCUAUCUGUAUGAGUGGUGUAGCUUUGAAUCCAUGGGCAGCAGCAGAAAAAUCGAAAGAAAAAGCUAUGGUUAUUGCGAAUGAUCUUGGCUGCCCUGUAAAUGAUUCACUUGCCAUGAUUAAUUGUUUAAGAAAUAGACCAGCUGAACAUAUUGUUUCACUAGCAAAAUUAUUCGCGUUCGGGAGAGAUUCAGUUCCGAUGGUUAUUUUUGCUCCGGUCAUUGAGCCACCAAGUCCAACUGCUUUCAUUUCAGAUUUACCAAUAAACAUUGUAAAAGAAAAACGAGGCUCUGAUGUUCCAGUUAUAUUUUCUUUUACACUUGAUGAAGGAUUGAUUGGAACAAUAGACAUAUUAACGAAACCUGAAGCUUAUGUUGAUAUGUUGAAAUACUGGGAUGAGUUAACACCUCACAUUUUGGAUUUCAAUAUCACUGCACCCCAUGAAAAAAAAAACUGA